UUCCCCGGCGCCGGCUCCUUCGCCUUAGUCGGGCAGUGUUGUGAUCACGUGGCCAGCUCCAGGCGCGGCGCCUGUUUUGGUUUUUCUUUGGCUUGCUUGGGGCAGCUGCGGCGCGAGCGACUUUCCCGGUUCGGUUGCCUUUUCGGGCUUUCUUGGCCCGCAUUUUGCAAGCCCCUUGGGGCUGGUUCCUGCCAUGCCGCUGGUCCGCUACAGGAAGGUGGUCAUCCUCGGGUACCGCACUGUAGGGAAGACAUCUUUGGCACAUCAGUUUGUGGAAAGUGAGUUCUUGGAAGGAUACGAUCCUACAGUGGAGAACACUUACAGCAAGAUAGUGACUCUUGGCAAAGAUGAGUUUCACCUACACCUAGUGGACACAGCUGGUCAGGACGAGUACAGCAUUCUUCCCUACUCAUUCAUCAUUGGGGUCCAUGGUUAUGUGCUUGUGUAUUCUGUCACCUCUCUGCAUAGCUUCCAAGUCGUUCAGAGUCUGUACCAGAAGCUACACCAAGGGCAUGGGAAGACCCGGUUGCCAGUGGUGCUCGUGGGCAACAAGGCAGAUCUUUCUCCAGACAGAGAGGUGCAUGAAGUCCAAGGGAAGAAACUAGCAGAAUCCUGGGGCGCAACAUUUAUGGAGUCUUCUGCUCGAGAGAAUCAGCUGACUCAAGAUGUCUUCAUCAAAGUCAUCCACGAGAUUGCCCGUGUGGAGAAUUUCUAUGAGCAAGAGAGUCGGUGCUAUCUCAUGUGAACCCUUGGUCAUGGGGUGACCGCCUCAUUUCUGCCCUUGGUACUUGGUAGGCUUCGGUGGGGGCAGACCCUUGGGACUUCACGGGUGUGGUUGCCAGUGUGUCUGGCCCUCUGAGCACACAGUGUGGUACCCUCAUAUUUGCACACUUUCCCCAGGUCAGUGGCCUGGGUGUCAAUGUUUACAAACAGGUAGGGAUGUCUCAUGGACACUGGUCCCCAUCCCCCUGUUUUUGCUAAAUGAAUUCUGUUACAAUUUGUGGGGUUGGUAUUUGAGUAUUUGAGUCCUGGGCAUUGUUUAUGUAGGGCUGAUCCUGUGUAGGUUUUGGGUGUUGGGUGGGUAAGGAGAGCUAGGAACUCCUGAGAUAGAGUUGGCUCUGUGGGGCGACAAUGUAUAUAUGCAAAUAAAAUGAGAAAUCCGUUGUUGUUGAUUUCUUUGUACCUAGGAGAGCCUGGGCAAUAUUGUAUCUUCUUUUCCAAGGAGUAAUGGCUGUGGUAUUUGGUGGGGAUCUUUCCUCCUAUCUCAUUCCUAUUCCUUAUUUAUUAAGGACCAAUACUCUAAGACUUACUGGUUGCUUUUCUCACCUUCCUAUUCUGUUGGGUUCUCCCUAUACUGUACGGUUUGUUGGCUGCCCCACCCAUCCAAGUUUGAUCUUUUAACUGCAGAAACACCACCCUCUAGUGGCCAGCUGCCACAUGCUGACCUAGCUGUCCUUGAACCUUGGCAUCUGCUGCAACUCAGUGGGUAGGAUUUGGGGAGGAGGAAGGAAGCCCUUCACUCCCAAGGAGAGUUGGGUGUGGUGGUGCAUGU